UCCCCUGUUUUUUAUUUGACUUUCUAAGUUGCUUCUAGCUUUUAGUUUCUUUAAUUUAGUUGAGGCCGUGUUGGAUGUUGGAUUUGUCCAGCUUUUUCUUUUUUCGGAGGAAAAGAUCGUGUAAAAGGAAAAGAAGCUAAUUUUACUUCCUUUUGUGUUUUUAACCUUCCCUUGGUCAGCCACCAGUAAAAUCCAUGAUCCAAACAUAGUCUUGCCGAUCUGGAUAACUAACACAAGUUAAGGAACCAUGAAGAACAAAGAUUCAAGACCAGUUUCUCCAUCUGAUAAAAGUUCAAGGGUAGUCCCCUUGGGGUUUAUGUUUGUUGUGCUAUGUGGGCUCUCCUUCUACCUCGGUGGCAUCUUCUGUUCUGAGAAGGAUAGAUUUUUAACUAAAGACAUCACCAAAGAGAUUGUAUCUCCCAAGAGAACCGCCGAUGCUAGCUCUGGCCCGCUACAAGUUGAGUCCGUUGCGUUCCCGGAAUGCAGCAUUGACUUUCAAGACUACACUCCGUGCACGGAUCCGAAGAGGUGGAAAAAGUAUGGUGUCCAUCGGCUCACUUUCUUGGAGCGCCAUUGUCCUCCGUUAUUCGAAAGGAAGGAAUGCUUGGUUCCUCCACCAAAUGGGUACAAGCCACCAAUCAAAUGGCCAAAGAGCAGGGAUGAGUGUUGGUACAGGAAUGUUCCUUAUGAUUGGAUCAACAAGCAGAAGUCUAAUCAGAACUGGCUAAGGAAAGAAGGGGAGAAAUUUCGAUUUCCUGGCGGGGGUACUAUGUUCCCCCACGGUGUUGGUGCCUAUGUUGAUUUGAUGCAAGAUCUGAUCCCCGAAAUGAAAGAUGGAACCAUUCGCACUGCCAUUGAUACCGGUUGUGGGGUUGCUAGUUGGGGAGGUGAUUUGCUGGAUCGUGGUAUUCUAACGAUCUCCCUUGCACCAAGGGAUAAUCACGAGGCUCAAGUCCAAUUUGCUCUGGAACGUGGCAUUCCGGCAAUUCUGGGAGUUAUUUCAACUCAGAGACUUCCUUUCCCCUCAAACUCAUUUGACAUGGCUCAUUGCUCAAGAUGCCUCAUCCCGUGGACAGAAUUUGGUGGGAUUUACCUUUUGGAAAUAAACCGGAUUCUCCGCCCCGGAGGCUUCUGGGUUCUCUCCGGUCCUCCCGUAAACUAUGAAAACCGCUGGAGAGGCUGGAAUACAACUAUCGAAGACCAAAAAUCCGAUUAUGAAAAGCUGCAAGAGUUGCUAACUUCAAUGUGCUUCACAUUAUACAACAAAAAGGACGACAUUGCCGUGUGGCAGAAAUCCAAAGACAACAGCUGCUUUACUAAAAAGCUUUCCAACCCCGAUGCCUACCCACCCAAAUGUGAUGAUGGUACAGAACCCGAUUCCGCAUGGUACACUCCUCUCCGCCCUUGCGUCGUUGUUCCAAAUCCAAAACUUAAGAAAGUAGCACUAAACAUCAUCCCCAAAUGGCCUGAACGGUUACAUGUGGCGCCUGAACGGAUUGCUGAUGUUCAUGGUGGGAGUGCCGGAGCAUUCAAGCACGAUGAUAGUAAGUGGAAGAUGAGGGUGAAGCACUAUAAGAAGUUGUUGCCAGGCCUCGGGACUGACAAGAUAAGGAAUGUGAUGGACAUGAAUACAAUUUAUGGGGGUUUUGCUGCAGCUGUGAUUGAAGAUCCGCUUUGGGUGAUGAAUGUCGUAUCUUCAUAUGCUGCCAACACGCUUGCUGUUGUUUACGACAGGGGGCUUGUGGGAUCCUAUCAUGACUGGUGUGAGGCGUUCUCUACGUAUCCUCGAACAUACGAUCUGCUUCACCUUGAUGGCCUUUUUACUACUGAGAGCCACAGAUGUGAUAUGAAGUAUGUGCUCCUAGAGAUGGAUCGGAUCCUACGUCCCAACGGGUAUGCUAUAAUCCGGGAAUCCAACUAUUUUGUGGAUUCCGUUGCUACAAUUGCCAAGGGGAUGAGAUGGGGAUGCCGUAAAGAAGACACCGAGUACGGUGUUGACAAGGAGAGAAUCUUGAUCUGCCAGAAGAAACUCUGGUAUUCCAGUAAGCAGAGUUCCACAUGAUAAAAAAGAAAGUAAUACAAAUUGUGGGCGAUAAAAUCUCAAGGAGGGCUCGAAUAUAUUCACAACAGCAGGCAUAUAGGAGAGGGAGUACGUUACCAUUUACCAAUUGCAGAGAAAUUAGUUCAUUCUAUAAGAAAUUGAGAAUUAGAUUCUUAUUUGAAAAUCUAGUUACCCAAUAAUCUUCUUUUUCUUUAUUUUAUGUUUUUUUUUGGGCAAUUCUAGUGACUUUUGAUAUAAUAUAUAUUCUUUGUAAGUUGAUCAACGACCGGAGUCGUACUCCGCUUCUUCCUCCUCCUCCUCCUGUACUAUUAUUGGUUUGUGUUGUUCUAAGCUAGAUGUGAAAUAUGUAAUGGGUUCAGAGGUCAAAUUCACAGCUUGUGAUAUUAAUGUACCUAAUUUAAUAUAUUCCAAAUUCCAGUUCAA